CCCUUAGCAAGAAGUGGUUUGACCCAAAGGAGCCUCCCUCUCUCUCUCUCUCUGUCUCUCUCUCUAUUAGAAUUUUGUGGCAUUUCCAGGUUGAAAUUUUUGAUAAACUCAACAGCAAAGUUCAAUCAAUUUUGUUAUUCUCGUAUAUCUAAAAAGAAAUCCAAGAAGAUGGGAUCCUUUCUUUCGAGAACCCUUCUAUUGGCUUUUGGUUAUGCUUAUCCGGCUUACGAGUGCUUUAAGGCAGUGGAAAAAGAUGAGCCAGAAAUUGAGCAACUUCGAUUUUGGUGUCAAUACUGGAUUUUAGUUGCUAUCCUAACAGUUUGUGGAAGAAUUGGAGAUGUCUUCAUCUCAUGGUUGCCAUUGUACAAUGAAGUAAAAUUGGCGUUGGUUAUUUAUCUUUGGCAUCCCAACUGGAAAGGAACAGCUUAUGUUUAUAAUUCUUUUCUUCGACCUUACGCCGUAAAACAUGUGACAGAAGUCGAUGGAAAAUUGUUUAAGUUAAAGCUUAAGGCAAGGGAGGUUGGAAUUCUUUAUUGGCAUAGGGCAAUGAAUUAUGGUAGGACAAGGUCUUUAGACAUCUUGCAGCAUUUGGCUUCUCAAAAAGGAUCGGACCUUCCUCUUGAUCAGCAACAGCAGAAUCUCAGAAAAACCGACAAACUUGCUUUAAGUCAGGCAUCUGCUACCAAGCCAGAGCAGUUGAAAAUACCCCUUCCAGAUUCAUCCAGCUUGUCCGAGGAGCAGCCCGAGACAAACAAUGAGCCAGGUUGUCUCCAUGCAUCCCAGAGUAAUAAAAGGAUGAUCUCGUCCCAAUCUUGUGUUAAAACAACUAGCCAAUCAUCAGUGAGUCGAGUAGAAACAGGGACAAUUCAACCAACAUCAUCCAUAGGAAAUGGAAACUCCAAUUCAUCUCAAGAACAAACACCCUACAAGGAAGCUGUAUCCAAGCCACAUGGCAUUUGGAGGAUAUUUAAGACUGCAGCCCAUUAAAACAGUUAUCUCAAGCCUUCUGAAUUUUUAAUGAUAAAUUGUACUAAGAACUGGUAUAGCAUAGGGUAUUUAUGUCGUUUCUUCAUAUGUAUAUAUGAACUAAUUGUACACAAAUUUUUUAUUAAAA